UCGGCCCGGCCCGGCCCGCGGCGGCGGCGGCCGCUGGCAGGGCAGGGCGAAGCGGUGAAGCGACGGCGGACAGCGGCGUGCCCCGCCGAGGCGCCUGCGAAGGCAUCGAGAAUGAAAUUGCUGUGGAGAGCUAAAAUGACCACAAUUCAAGAUGAGGGUGAAGAAGUAGAAGAGGGAGCUGUUUACCAUGUCACCCUGAAGAGAGUGCAGAUUCAGCAGGCUGCCAGCAAAGGAGCCAGAUGGCUUGGGGUAGAAGAGGACCAGUUACCUUCAGAACAUACUGUCAGCCAGAUUGAGACAUACAAGAUCAGAACAAUUAAAGCUGGAACUCUGGAGAAGCUUGUGGAGAACCUUCUGACUGCUUUUGGGGAUAACGAUUUUACCUACAUCAGCAUCUUCCUCUCAACAUACAAAGCAUUUGCUUCUACUAAGGAAGUCCUGGAACUUCUUCUUGACAGAAAUGAAAACCUGGAGACCCCAAGCUGUGAAGAGAUGGAAAGCAACAACUCCUCCGAGUACAACACAGUGCUCAGGACUGCCAUAGCGUCUAUCUUAAGUGCCUGGCUCGAUCAGUGCUCGGAGGAUUUCAGAGAGCCACCUAACUACCCAUGUCUGCUGAAGUUGCUGCAUUACCUGAAGAGGAACAUGCCUGAGUCUGACCCAGAGAGGAGGGCACAGAACCUCUUGGAGCAGUUCCAGAGCCAAGAAGUGGAGAAUGACUGUGACAACUUCAUUAAUUCUACCUUCUGUGACCUGGAUCAUAAAGAGGAAUUGGAGAUGCAGUGUGAAGAAGAUGUAGAAUUCUCUUCUUUCCAGGAGGACCUGGUGGCAGAACAGUUGACAUACAUGGAUGCAAAACUCUUCCAGAAAGUUGUUUCCCACCACUGUUUGGGAAGCAUCUGGUCUCGAAGGGACAAGGAAGAGAACAAGCACCUGGUCCCUACCAUCAGAGCCACCAUCGUUCAGUUCAAUGCAGUAACCAAUUGUGUUCUCAGCACUGUCAUGAAGAACAGGGAACUCAAAACGCAGCAGAGAGCCAAGAUUAUUGAGAAGUGGAUUCAUGUUGCACAUGAAUGUAGGAUGCUGAAGAAUUUUUCCUCCUUGAGGGCCAUCAUUUCAGCACUGCAGUCCAACUCCAUCUUUCGGCUGAAGAAGUCCUGGGCAUGUGUUGCAAAGGAUGCAGUGCUGCUGUUGGAGGAGCUAUCUGAUACCUUCUCAGACCAUGACAACUACAUGACAACUAGGGAGCUGCUGAUGAAGGAAGGAACAUCCAAGUUUGCAAAUUUGGACAGCAGCGUGAAAGAAACCCAGAGGAGGACACAGAGACGUCUGCAAAGCCAAAAAGAUAUGGGGGCAAUGCAAGGCACAGUUCCUUACCUCGGUACCUUCCUCACUGAUCUCAUCAUGCUUGACACAGCCCUUCAGGACUAUGUUGAGGGUGGCCUGAUAAACUUUGAGAAGAGGCGAAGGGAAUUUGAAGUCAUUGCCCAAAUUAAGCUGCUGCAGUCUGCGUGCAACAGCUAUUGCUUGGCACCAAACCAAAAGUUCAUCCAGUGGUUCAGGAGACAGGAGCAGUUAACUGAGGAGGAGAGUUUCAGCCUUUCACGGGAGAUUGAAGCGGCUGCUGACAUCAGCACCACACCGCCCAAGCCUCGGAAGAGUGUGGUGAAGAGGCUCAGCCUACUGUUGAUGGGCUCCGAGGCACUCGCCCACAGCACGCCCCUCAAAGGCAAACCCAGCUUCACGCGUGGUGGGAGCUGUGGGGAAAGCACGGACUCGGCCAGCAUAUCAUCCUCUGAGCUCAAUAAUUCGGAAGCUGAAGAGGUAGUCUGCAGCACUCCCAGGGGCGCUCCUGGGAAGCGUCCCAAAGAGCUCUCUUCAUCCACCCGCUCCUGCGACCCCUCCCAUUCUUGCGACCCUGCCUCCCCCUGCGACCCUUCCUACUCCUGCGACCCUCCCCCCUCCAGCGACCCUUUUAGUUCCUCUGCCUCUCCCGAAGAAAAGAGCCCUGUCCCUGUGAAAAGAAGUACCCCGAAAGCUCCUCUUUACAACCAUCAAGGAGAAGACAGCUGCAUUAUCAGGGUCAGCGUCGAAGAGGGCAAUGGAAACAUGUACAAGAGCAUCCUGAUAACAAACCAAGAGAAAACGCAGUCAGUCAUGCAGAAAGCCAUGUCUAAACAUAACCUGGAGGCCGAGGAGCCUGAGAGUUAUGAGCUCGUCCAGAUCAUCUCUGAGGACAAAGAGCUCGUGAUGCCAGACAAGGGGAACGUCUUCUAUGCCAUGAACAGCCAUGUAAAUUAUGACUUUGUGCUUCGCAAAAAGCCCCCAGUGCCUGGCCAGGGGAAAAGGAAAGGGCUCUCCAACCUGCGGCUCCACGUGAGAGCCCCGAGGUCAUCGUGGAAUCUGUAGCAAUCACCAUGGAGGGGGGGGGAAAUAAUAAGAAGAAAGAAACCCAAUGAAUGACUAUUCCAAAUGGAAACUAAAUUAGUUCUUGGCUGCAAGCCCUCCACUGUCACUACCAUGCAGUAUUACAGCAGACGAACGCAUUCCGCUCUGUAAAUAGUUCAGGCUGAACGUUUGGUAGGACUACAGCAAGAGUCUCUCCUGCCUUGCAGCCAGAUCUGAAUGGACCAGACACGGAUUUUACAGGAGACUACACGGACUGGGAUUAACCUUUUGGUUUAGUCGUUUGUUUGUUUGGGGGUUUUAACUCUUUUGCACAUGAGGACUGCGACUUUUGUCUUACGAACGCCACCCAAGCCAACUCUUCUUGUGAGGAGAACGUUUGCCUUUGUGCCAGUAUUACACAGAAGAAUGUCUAAAUUUAUUUUUAUAUGACUAACUGGAGAAGGAAGGUCUCGACCCCAUUCCACCUGAACCAAGGAGCGGGGGGUUUGCAGGUGAGGCUGAGCCGAGGGC